GCGCCCUCCCGCCUCGGGCUGCUGCUGCUGCUGCUCCUGUGCCCCGCACACGUCGGAGGACUGUGGUGGGCCGUGGGCAGCCCGUUGGUUAUGGAUCCUAUCAGCAUCUGCCGGAAGGCUCGGCGACUGGCGGGGAGGCAGGCCGAGUUGUGCCAGGCAGAGCCGGAAGUGGUGGCCGAGCUGGCCCGUGGCGCCCGGCUCGGGGUGCGAGAGUGCCAGUUUCAAUUCCGCUUCCGCCGCUGGAACUGCUCCAGCCACAGCAAGGCCUUCGGGCGCAUCCUGCAACAGGACAUCCGGGAGACGGCCUUCGUGUUCGCUAUCACCGCGGCUGGCGCCAGCCACGCGGUCACGCAGGCCUGCUCCAUGGGUGAGCUACUGCAGUGUGGCUGCCAGGCGCCCCGCGGGCGCGCCCCGCCUCGGCCCCCCAGCCUGCUGGGCACCCCUGGGCCGCCGGGUCCUGCGGUCUCUCCCGACGGCAGCGCCGCCUGGGAGUGGGGAGGCUGCGGCGACGACGUGGACUUCGGGGAUGAGAAGUCGAGGCUCUUUAUGGACGCGCAGCACAAGCGGGGACGCGGAGACAUCCGUGCGCUCGUGCAGCUGCACAACAACGAGGCGGGCCGGCUGGCGGUGCGGAGCCACACACGCACCGAGUGCAAGUGCCACGGACUGUCCGGCUCUUGCGCGCUGCGCACCUGUUGGCAGAAGCUGCCACCGUUCCGCGAGGUGGGCGCGCGGCUGCUGGAGCGAUUCCACGGCGCCUCACGCGUCAUGGGCACCAACGACGGCAAGGCCCUGCUGCCAGCCGUGCGCACGCUCAAGCCUCCCGGCCGCGCCGACCUUCUCUACGCCGCCGACUCGCCAGACUUCUGCGCUCCCAACCGGCGCACCGGUUCGCCAGGCACGCGCGGCCGCGCCUGCAACAGCAGCGCCCUGGACCUCAGCGGCUGCGACCUGCUGUGCUGCGGCCGCGGGCACCGCCAGGAGAGCGUGCAGCUCGAGGAGAACUGCCUGUGCCGCUUCCACUGGUGCUGCGUCGUCCAGUGCCACCGCUGCCGCGUGCGCAAAGAGCUCAGCCUCUGUCUCUGA